UAUAUAUAUAUAUAUUUGGUAAAGUUUUAACGAAGAAAAAUAAUGAGUUUAACAGAAAAAUGAAUUUAACUGAACAAUGGCAAGUCAGAAGGUUGAUUUAAAAGUUGUACUACUGGGAAAAGAAUAUGGAGGCAAAACAAGUUUAGUUGAAAGAUUUCUUUAUUCAAGAUUUAAUUCAACUAUACCUUACCAAAAUACCAUAGGUGCAGCUUUUGGAGCUAAGUCAAUGACAGUUCAAGGAAAAUCAGUAACAUUAGGAUUGUGGGAUACAGCUGGUUCUGAACGCUAUGAAGCAAUGAGUAGAAUUUACUAUAGAGGAGCAAAAGCUGCUGUUGUAUGCUUUGACUUAACAGAUCGCUCUAGCUGGGAACGAGCAAAAUUUUGGGUCGAUGAAGUACGUUUGCAUGAACCAACAUGCAAAGUUUACUUAUGUGGGACAAAGUUAGAUCUUGUUGAUGAGAAAAAUCGUCCUAUUGACUAUUAUGAUACAAAAGAUUUUGCUGAAUUAGCUAAUUUGAAGAGUUUCGAGACAUCGAGUAAAACAGGAGAAAAUAUUGAUGAGCUUUUUAAUCAAAUAGUUUCAGAUUAUUUGGAUUUGCAACCUGCAACUUUAAACAUGAAACAUGAAAACCGUGGGCAUCACAUAAACAAAUUGACACAAAAUAAUCUCCAAGUUCUGGUGGAUCAAGAUAUCGUUAAGAUAGAACAAAAAACUCAGGAUGAUAAGUCCUGUUUUUAAAUCAGCAUUUUGCAAUCAGGUUUUCCUCUCAAGCACAUGCCACAAGAUUGAGCUAUUAUUGUCAAUCGAACUACAAUCUACGUUUCUACUACGUUUCUUUUAUAGUCAGUUCGCUUUUUUUUUCUUCUUAUAUAGUCUGUUCGCUUUUUUUAGAUCUUGUGUAGUUAUUACUGCUUUUUCAACUUUUGUGUAUUCAUUUCUGAUUUUAAAAUAAUUUUUCAAGGUUUUGAACAAUUUCCAUAAGUUUGAGUAUUAAAUAUUUUUAUCAAUCUAUAAAUAUAUAUAUGCAGAUAUAUAAAAAUUAUUUUAAUAUAAAACAUUUUCUAGUACAAAUUCAUAUAUAUAUAUAUAUAUGUAUAUAUAUAUAUAUAUAUAUAUAUAUAUAUAUAUAUAUAUAUAUAUAUAUAUAUAUAUUUUUAUAUAUAUAUAUAUAUAUAUAUUGUUAUAGAGUAUCCUUAGAGUCAUUAAUAUCUCUCUUAGUAUUAGCUUCCUAAUAGAUGUAUAUAUAGAUCCUUUUUGAGCUUUAAUUCUAAAUUGAAAUUGAAGUAGUUUGUAUAUAUUCUGAUUAUUUCUCUACUUCAUGGUAUGCAUUUUGUAUAAAAUAAAUUUUUAAAAUCUUUGCAUUAUUUAACAUUGAAAUAUAUUUUUGAAAAUCGAAUUGCACAGUGCUCCGUUGAGAGUAAAUUUUUUUAAAUGCUGAAUUCCAUUGUGCUCUUCUGAGAAAAGAUUUUAACAAGUUUUACCUCUACCAAGUUAAACUUUGGGUUACUCUAAUUUUUUUGCUGUUGUUUAAUUAUAAUUGUUAUUAUUUUUGUUGUUGUUUUUGUUGUUGUUGUUGUUGAUGGUGUUGUAGAAAAUGACAAUUUUUAGUAAGCAAGUUAAAUUGACGAUUGUUGUGUAGUUGAGUUUCUUGGUUGUUUUUAUUGGCUCUCCUCGGAAAAGCUACAUGUUGUAUAUAUAUGUAUGAAAGUAAAGCGCUGAUGAACUAA